AGUCUUCUUUGAAUGUCGCCGUCGCUGUCGUCAUACUGUAGUUUCACAUAUUCAAUAUGUAAAAAUGGUUUUCGCUAUUGCAACAGACCAACGCUGCCUCGUAUCCUUUUGGGCCGGACGGCCAGGCAGCCAGGUCCCGAUAAGUCAUCUGCCAUACUGCGUGAUAGUGUUUGUUAGGGAUCAGCUCGUUAAAGCCUUUCAAAAGCGUCGGAACAGCCCCCUAAAGGUUUUCGGCGUCCGCCUACCGCUGGCCAGCUCUACUCUGUUCCAGUCGUCUGGCCAGCAAGCAGAUGAGCGACAACAAAACGAUGAACAGGGCAAGCGGACAGGGCGCCGGUUCGCCAAUCGCACAACGGACUCGUUGCCGAAGCGCGAGCCACGGCCGGCUCCUGCAGAGCGCACGGACCUGGAGGAUGCAAUCAAGGUGGUGCAGGAGGCCCUGGCCAACUCCGACCUGCUCAGCGAACUGAUAUCUGCGCUUCCGAUAAUGACGCACGGACGGAACAAGUCCAAGAGUGCUGCGAUGGUGUCACUGGUGUUUGCGCUACCCCCCUCGGCAUGGGCGGGCCUGGCCGGCAAGUCCCGCUUCGUCGCCGGCAAGACACUUGUGGACUUUGUGGACGAGUUCCAGCAGGCCGAGAAAGCCGACGUCGCUGGAUGGCUGGUCGAUAUGCUGGAGAAGGCACUGCCCACACCUGCGGAGCUCAUGGUGUUUGACUGGGGCAUGGAUGGCACAGCGCCAUGGACACGGCUGCACGUGCUGGGGCACAACAGCGCCAUGCUUUUGUUGCUGAGCCUCCUGCCAGCCACCAUCGAGCGGCCCGAGGAGCUGAGGGAGGGCGGGGCAACGCUGUCGGAACUCGUGAUGGGGGCGGCGAAGGAAGCGGAGGAGGAGAAGUAUCUGGUGGACGGCAAGAGCUGUGGCGGCGCGCUGUGCACAGCUCCCGUGGCGGGUCCCGAGGAGGUGCUGUGCGAGACCGGGCGCGGCCCUGUGUGUGGCACAGCUGAAGCGGGAGGCGACGUGUCUCAUUGCAGCCUCCCGCAGGCGGCCACCAGCACUGCGCAGCCAGCCAGGCCCUCGCGCUGUGCGGCGCAGGUGUCUGCUGCGUGCACCAGCGCCAGCAGCCGCGGAGAGCCGCCACCCCACCAACCCACCACAACGCCGCCAGCUCCAGCUGUAGGCAAGGACAACGCGGAUGCUAUUGGGAGCAGGCCGCCGGCAGCAGCGGCCGCUGCUGCUGCUGCUGUUCGUCAGCCGCGGGACGCCCGGGGCGACAGCGCUGCUGCUGGCGUUGAUGCCGCCAGCUGCGCCGCCACCACCGCAGCUGCCUCGCGAGACAUGGCGCAUUGCAAGGCGGCGAGCGCUGGUGGCGCGCAACAGCCGGUGUACGCGCUGCGGGCGAGUGGGCCUUCGUCGUCGGCAAUUUACCGCCGAUGCAGCCCUGGAUACUCCGCGGGCGUCGGUGAGAGCGGCAACGAGCACUGCGAGGCCCAGGCAGGACAGCAGGCGGAGUCACCUCUGGCAGCGCUGCCCCUGCUGUCUCCCGUCGCCUCAAGUGGCGGGUCUCCGGCGGGUGGGGAUGCUCAGCAGCCGGCAGGUAGGCUGCGGAAUGCAGCGGCCGUGAUGGCAGUGCCGGCGGCGGCGGUGGGGGCAGCGGCGUCGGCGGCCGUGGUGGAUGAGCCGGAGGUCCAGCAGCACGCCGCAGCAGGCAGCUGUGGGCCUACUGGAGGCGCCGCAGCGCAGCGGGAGCACGACGUGCCAGAGCCACAGCCAAGAACGCCACCGCCAAAUGCCAGGAUGACAUGGCCGUCCUCGCAGGCCGCCUGCACGCCGGGCAACACGCCACACACGAGCGGCAUGUCACUGAUGGGAUUAGCAACAUGGGAGAGCUGCUACAACGCCGUCUGCGAGGCCGUGUGGGCAGCAGUGCAGAAGGAGGAGGAGGAGGCAGCCGCUUCCGGCCGGCAGCCGGGCAACGAGCUGUACUGCAAGGCCUUCCACAUCCUGCUGCUGUGGCUGUCUGUGGCGCUCGGCAGCAACGACUUCCGCGAUCCGCAGCCCGGGAGCCUGGAUGACCUGCAGCGGCAGCUGGUCGCGCGGACACGCGGGCUGCCUGGGCUGCCGGUGCAGGCGCUGCUGGACAAGGCGGUGCAGCUGAUGAGCAACGCGCGCUUCGUGGCCAAGCUGCGGGCGUGCACCACCGCGAGCAUGCGCUUGGGAGAGGGCGGUCACCAUUUGGUGUAUGAGGUGGAGCGGGGUGCGAGCGUACUGCGCGUCGCGAAGGGCGAGCGGGGCGAGACUAGUGGGCGGCCAUCCACCACCAAGCCGCUGUUCUGCAUGGCUGCGGAGAGGUUCUCACCUACGUUGAUCCACCACGUGCGCUCCGCCGAUCUGCGCCUCGGGGCGCCCGUCCUGGCCUUCGUGCCUGUGGUUAACGGGCACGUGCCCAAGCUGGGCCGCGAGACAUUCGACAAGCUGCUGCUUGGAGAAGACAACGGCGGCUACAGCAGCGGCGUGGCCAUCGGCAUGGUGCUGGCGUACCAAAAGCCACUGGACCGCUUGUACAAAGACCUCUGGGCGAACAAGGUGGGCGUGUGGCGACGCGCCCAACUGCAAGUGAUGUCGUACGCCGUCCUGGAGCUGCCGCACAAUCUCAACGAGGCGAAGCUGUAUCACGCCGACUUUAAGGCGGACAACGUGGCGCUGCCCGACCAGGCCGUCGCAGCACUGGACCGCCUGACGGCAGCACCCCCGGAGUCCGACCUGGUGGACUUCGCCAAGGAGGCGGUCAACGCGGUCACAGCAGUCGCGCUCGACGCGGAUGACAUGAGACAGGUCUCUAGGUUCCGGCAGUACGUCACCUCCUGUGCCACCAUUAACAGGCGCAAGCAAGCUUGCCAUCCACUGUACCUGCCGCCCCCAAGGCUUGGGCUAAACGAGCUGCAGCAACAGAGCUACAAAGCCGCGCUGGCGGUGGAGGCACUGCUGUCACGGACUCCGUCAGCUUCGUCAGUGAAACAGAACUGCGACAUUGUUCCAGAGCAGUGGAUGAUCACGAGCGCGCAGGCGGCGCCAGUAGUGCUGUCGAAGGUGUGUGACAAUAAGGGAUGGGGCGCCAGUGCCAGUGUCGGCACGAAGUCGCUGCCCAUCUUCGACGCGGCGCAGCUGUUUUCAGCAGAGCUAGUGCAGAUUUUGGCGGGCGUGCGCAACCCCCUGGCCUGCCUGCGCUGGGAAUUGACGUCGGAUCGGCUUCGUCGCCAGUGCCGCCUGGCCGUCAACCUGGUAGCGCGAACCAUCGGCCGCGCCAAGUCGGUGCAGGCGGGGAGUGGCGGCCUGCUGCGCCUGCAUGAGCCGGCGGACGUGUCGGCAAUCGUGGUCAGCUCGCCGGAUCUGGGCCCCUGGGCCACGAACCCGACGGACGAGGAGCGCCUGAUGGCGGUGUACUUGGACACCCUGUUCGAGGCCGCCCACGGCAGGUGGCCGCCCAACGGACCCGACCACGCCUUCCUGCUGCUACUGCUGGAGACGGCGGUGCGGUGCGACGCCAAGCGGACUCGUCAGCACAUGGAGGAAAACCGCAAGCCGAAGCUGAUGAUGUGCGAGUUGUCGUUCCUGUACCACGGCCGUAGCCUGCUGCACCUGCUGAUGGCCAGCGGCAACACCGAGGCCAUGCUGACGCUACUGCGAACCCUGCACGCCGCCGGAGCUGAUUUGGAGUGCCGGGUGCUGUUGGCACACACGGACAAGAACGGCGACACGGCGGCUAUGCUGGCGGCUGUGCACGGGCGCCUGGAGGCCCUGCAUGCGCUGGUGGACUUCGUGCGGGAGCGGCUGGGUGACACGGACGAGUUCGGCUGGCUGAAUUGGCUGCAGCCCCAGCCGGGGGUUGAGUGUGAGCUGGGCGGGAUCCUGGCCAUCAUCUGUCGCCAAUACAACGACCGCAACACGGACCUCAGCGACCGCCUGUCGUACCUGCCGCGAACAGUGCGGCUGCUGGCCCCGCCGACGGGCGCUGCCGGCAGCGGGGCAGGCGCUGGCGAGGCGCCCCCAGGCAGCAACCGCGAUGAGGAGCUGGCGGCGAUGACCAGGAAGCUGGCAGAGGAGCAGGACCCGGUGCAGCAGCCAGCACUGGCGGUGCCCAGCAGCAGCGGCGGCCAGUCUGCCGCUGCGGCGCCGGGCUCCUCGGACUCGGCGGGCUCCAUGCAGCAGUCGCCGCAGGCGUCCGGCGGGCCUGACCCGCACAAGGGGACGUGGGCCGGGCUGAUGCGGGUCCUUCUGCAGCUGCCCAAGGAGGCCUGUGUGCAGGGGCAGAAAUUUUGGACGGAUGAACAAGCCUUCGAAUUGGCGAAAUGCAUGCUGCUUGCGAAGAGCUCCGCCGACCUGGGUGGCAACACGGCCUUCCACCUCCACGCCGCCAUGGCCGGCGACAUGUGGGCGCUGUACUCGCACGUGGUGGAGCUGUACGGCGAGGAGCUGGGCCGCAAGUGCCUGCAGGCGGAGAACGCGGAGAAGCAGACGCCGGUGGAGGUGCUGCUGCAGUGCCACGGCGUGAUGUGCAGCAGACCGGGCUGCGAGGCGCUGGGCAAUGAACUGUCUGUCAACGCCCGCCGCUCCAGCUUCAUGUCAGCAGACACCACCCUGGUGGGCACAAGCGGCAUCAGCAGCACCGCAAAGCAGCUGCGCACCUUCCUGGACAAGCUCGUCAACCUGUCGCCCCGUCUUCACUGCAGCAAUCUGCAGGACCAGCUCGACCAGGCGGUCAAACAGCUGUUGCACAAAGAUCUAAUUUGUUGUCACACUAGCUAGUCCAUGUGUUGCUAGGACUAGCUAAUUGGGAUUGUAGGGUACUUUCGCUAGAUAAAAGCGGGCGGGCGGGCGCAAGGGGGGCCA